UAACACGUAUUACAAAAUACAAGAUGCAGUUUUAAGAAAUGGCUCCAAAAGAGACGGAUUAUUUAAAAAUAGCUCAUCAAAGAGCUAUUGAAAAGAAAACUCAUGUCAGCUUCCCUCAACUAAAGUACCCAUCACUGAGAGACAAGGGUUUGAGAGACCCUUUCCAAUGGCUACAGGGGAAAUCAAUGGACGACGGCGCGGAAGGGUUGUGGAGAGUGCAUGAUGGGUUGUACGAUUUAGAGGAGUUUAUGGAGACUCACCCGGGUGGAUACGAGUGGUUGGAACUUACCAAGGGUACAGAUAUAACUGAAGCAUUCGAAUGUCACCAUUUAAGGCCCAUCGCAGAAAAAACUUUAGCACAAUUUUAUGUUCGAGAUGCCAAAACUCCGAGAAACUCCCCAUUCACUUUCAAAGAAGAUGGUUUCUAUCGCACUCUUAAGACACUUGUGAAUGAAGAAGUUAAGAAAGUUCCAAAAGAUGUACCGAAGUACACAGAUAUGCUGACCGAUGGAUUGGUUGUAUCAUUGUUCUUGGCUUCAGCAUUGUGUUGCUGGGCUACUAAUUAUUGGCUUCAAAUCGGAUCCUAUCUUGUUGCAUCUGUCUCACAAGCCUGGCUAGUGGUUGCUGCUCACAAUUAUAUACAUAAAAGAGCAAAUUUGAGGAUGUAUUAUUUUAAUAUAAGCUUAUGGUCCUACAGGGAAUUUAGAGUAUCUCAUGCACUUUCACAUCACCUAUUCCCCAAUACUUUAAUGGAUCAGGAAGUGAGCGGAUUUGAACCACUGAUUUUUUGGAAUCCUAGAAAAGAUGUUCCGUUUCACGCCAAAUUUGGAUUUUUGAUUCAAUUUAUUGUCUUUCCAUUCGUUUUAAUUGCGAAUUGGACUAAAAGGAUGAUAAUUAUCUUAAGUCGAGAUGGAUUUUCUACAAAAAAUCGUAUCUACUGGCAUGACUUUAUUGGUUUCUUGCUGCCAUUAUGGAUGUAUAUCACAAGUGGUGUCAAUUUCUAUGACGUGAUAACUACAUGGCUCAGUAUCAAUUGUAUGGGCAGUUUCGUUCUCUUCGUCAUAGGAGCUAAUGCCGCGCACCAUCAUCCAAGUAUUUUCAAAGAUGGCGACCAAGUUAGUGAAGCCACCGUCGACUGGGGCAUGCAUCAGCUCGAGGCAGUGAUGGACAGACCAAUCAUAAACAGCAGUCACUUCAGAACGGUGACUUUCUUCGGUCACCACGCUCUACAUCAUCUGUUCCCAACCUUGGACCACGGUGUAUUACUACACCUGUACCCGGCAUUUUUGAAGCAUUGCGAAAAAUACAAAGCCAACUUUAGACUGAUGUCACAACUAGAACUAUUCAUAGGUCAGCUUAAAAUGACAAUGAUAACUGAACCAAGAGUUUUGUCUGAAAGAUAACCUGCGAAUAUUAUUAA